AUGGCAAAUUCUAUGGCUCUAUCUCACCUAGCUAUAAUUUUGGCCAUUAAUAUUUUCAUGGCUGGACCAACCUAUGCACAAAUCAAUACUCCAUGUAACCCUUCAACACUAAGCACUCUCUUCACACCUUGUAUGAGUUUUCUUACAAAUAGUAGUGCUAAUGGAACUUCACCAACAACUCAAUGCUGCACUGCUCUUAAGUCUCUCACAAGGGGUGGUAUGGACUGUUUGUGUCUCAUUGUUACGGCUAGUGUUCCGUUCAAGAUUCCGAUCAAUCGAACACUGGCCGUCUCUCUUCCCCGUGCAUGCAAAAUGCCCGGUGUUCCGGUUCAAUGCAAAGCCUCGGCUUCACCUCUUCCUGCUCCCGGACCAGUGGCUCUAGGACCAUCUCCUUCACCUGCAUCAUCUCCUUCUCUCUCAGGAUUGACUCCAACUCCUAGUCCUCAAGCAUCUUCUGACAUCCCUUCUCCAACUUCAUCUCCUUUGGCACCACAACAAAACACAAAUCUUCCUCUUUUGACUCCACCAUCUCCAUCCUCUACAUCUACAACGGGUAGUGGCCGCUCUUCUCUCACACCAUCUUCUGCAAUGACAUCUUACAAUGUCUCACCUUCUGUUUUAUUGAUUACACUUGGAUUUCUUACUCUCAAUUACUACUAG